AUGAAGCUCACAAUCCUCGCCCUCCUCGUCGCCGCGGCCUCAACCGUUUCUGCAGGAGACCACUGCGUUGCGGCUGACAACCCCAUCCGAGGCGAAUGUCUAGCAGACAAUGGAAAAAGUGUCGGCUGCAGCAAAGGAUACUGCUGGAAACGCUGCGGCGAGCCCGAAGACAAGAGCGAAGGCCUCAAGGGCCAAUGGUGUUGGACGUCGGAGAUCUCGCGACCCUCGACCCAGACAAGCACGGCUUUGUUCGGCGACUGGAUCAAAUGCUCCAAGGACUCAGAUUGCAAGGAGUCCGAUUUUUGUGGCAUGAAUCACACGGGCGGGCUGUGCCCGACCUGCGGGUGUGGUUGCCACAACACCAAGGAGGGCGUGACUUGGGCUGGUGGGGAUAUUGAGGGAGACAAGGUCUGGGCGCGUAAGGGAUAUGACCACAACUGCUAG